AACAUUCUCUCCAAUAUGUUAUUGGUAAAUGGACCAACCAGCCAUUUAUGAUACUCAUCCGUUUUGCUCACCCGAGAAUCGAAUCGAAUCAAAUCGAAUCGAAUCCAACCCUUUUCACACAGAAUCGAACUCGACAGCCUUUCACGCAGAAUCGAAUCCGAUCGUGAGGCAUACGACUAUCACAGAUUCCUCUCUUUUACCGUAAUCCUUAUACAUAGCCCUGACCGGACGACACCUUUGCAGAGGGCGGCGGGCGGUGGCAGGCGCGAGAGGGCGAGGGACAGCUGGAGGCGCUGUGGCAGUUCUCGUGCCGCUUGACCGCCGGACAGAGGAUCAACCAAGUGGCUUUCUCAAACAGCUCCAAGUGGUUGCUGAUGGCGGUCUACGGGAGUCCCUCGUUCCAGGAGGCCGGAGAGGGAGCCCUUUGCGGGUGGAGUGCCAAGAGAAUGGGGCAGCCUGAAGUUAGAAUUCGCCUCCCAGGGCCCGCUACCGUCGUGAACUCUUGUCCCUGGGCCCCUCAUCUCUGCUGCGUGGCUAUGCUGGACGGGGCCCUCCAUGUGUACCAGCUGGACACGCCCACACCCCAGCUGGUCAUGGAUACCAGCUCUAGCAUUCACAAGCACUAUGGGCCGGUGUGGGCUGUGGAGUGGAGGGAGUCCUACUUUGCUCUCCAGCAGACGGAGGCGAACGCGACCAAGAACGGCCGAGACGCAUGUAACUCACCCAAGACGGCAAGAGAGGUCGGCCUGUCCCUGGUUUCGGUGUCUGAGGACGGCACGGUGAAGGAGUGGUUCUUCUUCAACAAGCAGAUCCUUCGGUGCACAACCCUGAUAAAAGUCAGCGUUCCUCCCUGGGUCUCGCUGGACACCGCCGGGGGGCUUCACGCAGUGCUGGGCGUCGAGGACCCUGACGGAGGCCCUGAAGCCAAGGAGGGAUCAGGGCUUCAGGGCCCCGAGAAGCAGCGCAAGAAGGCGGGGUUGGUGCUGCCUGUCACUGUGCCAGCCACGGCGAUCAGCUUCCGGCCGAACGACUCGACGACCUACAUGUUGGGCACCGUGGCCGGGGAGCUGCUCAUGUGCCGGACCUUCGAACGCCAAGGUUGCUUCUCCGUGUUCCGAGGCCACAGCGCCCUUGUGACUCGCGUGGCGUGGAGACCUCCGUCGUCACAGGGAGAGACCGGCGUCGUGUUCCUCUCGGCGGCGCUCGAUGAGACCGUCCGCAUCUGGCACGUGGACAGGAAGACGGCGCAGUCGGUGCUUAAGAAUCCGCAGGCCGCAGCAGGACCCGGGGGCUACGUGGACGCCUGCUGGUGCCCUUGGCAGAGCACCCUCCUGGCGGCGGUGCACGGGGGCGGCAUCCACCUGUGGGACGUCUCGCUGUCGACCCACACGCCCGUCCUCGCCAGGGCGAUCCCCGGCGCCUCCUGCGUCGCCUUCAGCGCUCACACCAGGAACCUGGCCGUUGGAGACCGUCACGGCGCCGUCAGUGUCAUCCACCUUCAGGGCGUUGAGUCAGCGAUCUCAACAGGGUUCUACAAGUUCUCCGUCACCGUGUCUAAGAUCACCAUAUGUACAUCAGAUAUUUUGAAAAUUGCGGCUAUUACCACAUUAUUUCAAAGUAUAAUAAUCACUGGGAAUAUAGGUACCCCGAAUGCAGUUAAUUCACCUAGUGUUGGAGGAUAUGAACUGUAUGUGACCGGUUCUUGUGCACCGAAGACGAAGACAUACGUUCAAUGA